AUGGUUUUCCCUAAGGCUAAAGUACCGGAUGUUCUACAGCUGUACCAUAGUGGUUGUUCAGGAGGCCACCUGGGAGUUAAACGAAUUCUACUGAAGAUCCGAGAACGGUUUUACUGGGUCCACUGUCGUGAUGAUGUCGAGGACUGGUGCCGCAAAUGUACAAGUUGUGCGGCUGUAAAAGGACUUCAAAUUCGUAGUAGAAGCGCAUUGAAAUCGUACAAUGUUGGUGCACCAUUGGAGAGGAUAGCCAUUGACGUUGCGGGGCCGUUUCUGGAAAGUGAAAGUGGUAACAAGUAUUUCAUGGUUGUGAUGGAUUACUUCACUAAGUGCUUCACUAAGACAGACGGGCCAGCAAACGUCUGA